UUGACGGCGCCUGAGCGCUGCGUACGUCAGUUUUGCCAGCACUUACUGCGGGGCAAUACGUAUUGCCCGGUAAACUUUUACGACCAAUAUAAAUAGAGUUUGUGUCUUCUGUUUUCAAUAUUUGUUUAUCUUAAUAUUUGAUCAAAUUAAACAUCACUGUGAACAACUGAGAGUGUUUUGAAUGUUUCCUUCGAAGUAAAUGUAAUUUCUUAUAAAGGACAGUUCGUAUAACGACACUUUGGAUGUUACGCUCGCUUCACCAACAUGAUCUAUUGGAUGUGCUGGAGAUAAGGUACACAUGACAUGAGGUAGCAGACGACACCAUGCAGGAAACACCGUGAACUACCGAUUGGCGUUUUUGUUGUUGACUGGCACUGCUUGUUAACUGGCAUCUGAGUAUAUUUUUCUUCCACAGAUGCGGCGGCAGGCUCGGUUUACAGUCGGCGGCACGCUUGUAGCGCGUACCGCCUCUGCUUUACAAGUUUGGCUGUGGUUGCUACUGUUUGUUUUUCAAAAUGAAUUCCGGAUAUCAGGGUCCAUUCAACCAGGAUAUUUGGACUUUGACAACCUCCCAGACACGAAUUUCACAUGCACUGGCAAAGUGAUUGGGGGUUAUUAUGCUGAUUUGGAGACUUCAUGUCAGAUGUUCCACGUGUGCACCGUCGGUCAGCACGAAGAACCUAUGGAUAUCAAAUUCCUUUGCCUCAACGGCACUGUGUUUGAUCAGGAAACGAGAGUCUGCGAAAGAGUAGACGAAGUCGACUGUACAAAGUCUGAAAAGUUCUAUAGUUUAAAUUUAGAAUUGUACGGAAGUACUGCACCUCCCAUUAUACAACCUGAAAUACCAGAAACUAAAUUACAACCAAAACCUACAGAAUCAUCGAAUACACAAACAUCCAAUAAACCCACCACAACCGACCUAUCAGAUCCAUUUACUAAUGACUUGUCUACUAUACCUGAUAAGACACAAAAUCAGUCUUCGGAAACCAUAGAUUCUACUGAAGACCCAAUCCAGGAAAUAAAACAGGAUGAUAACAAAAAUUCUGCAUCUUACUCCAAUUUGCAAUCUAAACAAGAAGAAAAUAAGAAAGAUUAUGAAGAGGAUGAUGACAGUAUCGAUGAUGAUGACGUCGAAUAUGAAGAAGACAUCGCACCGCCUUUGAGUUCAACAACUGCUGAAGGAAUCACUUCUACAUCUACCACAACUCGAAAGCCGUCAACGAGCCAAUUGCCACCACUAUCGACAGUGUCACCAUCGUCGCCACCCACUCCUAUACCGCAUUUUAUUACUUCGUCUACGCCAUCUAUUUCUUCUUAUUCACCUCAAAUACCCUCAAUAAAACCAUCCAUAAUACCGUCAUCAACUUUAGACCCUUCAUUACUUUCACCUCAAGAAUUUAUAUAUCGGCAUCGAGGUCCAGGAUCUGAAGCCAUAUCCUUUCAAAGACAAAGUUUUCGUCCGGCUGAUGGCAUAUAUAUAACUCAUGCCCCGCCACAGCAGUUUGACCAUUUCCAAUACGAAUCUUCAAGAACUGCACCUCGCCCAUCACGUCCAGUGCCAUUUGUGCAGCGUCCACAGCCGACGCCUUUUCGUCCAACUACAGCUGAUCCACGAGACCAAAUAUUACGGCCUGGUCAAAGUUCACAAUCUUCUGAAAGGUUAGAAACUACAGUGAAACAUCGCCAUCAAAAUUACCCACAACAUUUACCCCCGCAGCAACCAUUACCUUUUAAUCCAUUUUAUUAUGAUCGCAAACGCAGUGAGGAUUCCAGCCAAGAAAAUGAAUCUUCACUAUCAGCAAGAUCUGUACCACCCCUUACAGUAACAGAACGUAAUCUGCCCAAACCAAAAAGCCCACCACGUGUUAUAGUGACGGCUAGUGCAUCUGUAAGCGACAGUAACGGCAAAAGGUUGAACUAUACCGUCGGUAAUGUGGUUAAUGCAGUUAAGCCAAUCGUGGCAAUAAACUACGAUGAUUAUAAAGAAUCUGACCUCAUAUUUGACCCAUUCUUUCUCGAUGUGCCAAAACUACAAUCACGAAGGAAGACUAGAUCAAGUAAUAUUAGAAAAAUAGUUAAUGUCCCAAUGACAGCAACCAUGUCUGCAAAAAAUAUUAAAGAAAAGGUUUUACCGACAAUUCAUAAGGCGAAACCUAUUAAAAUGACUUCAACUUCUACAACAACCACAACCACAGCAGCCUGGAAUCCCGAGGACUAUGUUGAUGAUAAUUAUGAACCACAUUCAUAUUAUAUUCCACCACCUCCACCUUUAGCAGUGUUAGUUACGGAUAUAAAAAUUAUGAAACAAGACAGAUUAUUGAACGAUGUUAUUGGGAUUAAAUCGAAUUAUAACAAGGUUGACAUAUCCAAGGAACAAGCCAAACCGACGUCUUCUAUAGCGCAUGAAAUCUCUAGUCAAAGUGUGGGUACUGAGGCUACUUUGCCGGUCACCUCACCGAUUCCUAUCGAGGCUCCCGCUUGCAUUACUUCGCGCUCUUCUGACUGUCGGAUUCGUGCCUAAUAUUAGGUCACUAAAUACAUAGAUAAGUAGUCGCAUAUUUAAUAGGUAGUUAAAUUAAAUAAUUUGGAUUGAUUCCUUUUGCACUUAAAGAUUUUUUCAAUUAAUAAUAUUUUAUUUCAUUAUAAUUAUGUUGCAAUGCAUUUUGCAGCCUAUUGUUAUUUAUUUAAUAUAAUAUGUAUAAAAUAUAUCUAUAUUUAAGAAAUAUCAUUUCUUAUUGUAAAUAAGACCAAUCAAAAAUUAAAAUCACCACAUAACAGUUGUGUCCGAUAUAGUAUAAAACUUUAUUAUGUUAAUAUUUAUAAUUAAAAAAUCUUGUAAAUAUGUAUGUAUAAUAAAAUAAAGAAUUUUUUUUUAUAA